CCUACCCCGCCCGGUGGGCCGGCGCUGGGGCUGAAUGCUCGGAGCGCUGGGCUGGGCUGGGCUGGGUUACGCUGAUCUGGGCCGAUCCGAUCAGAUCACUCAUGAAUGGGAGCGGGGGUCUGGAGGCUGGGACGCCGGCGUGAGAGAGAGUGAGUGUGUGUGUGAGAGAGAGGAAGAAAGAGUGAGGAAGUGUUGGUGUGUGUCGGCGCCGCCGCUGCCGCUGGAGCCGGAGCUGUAGCCGGACCCGGAGCCGGAGCCAGAGCCGGAGCCGCGGCGCAGGUCGGUCCCGUCUCCCCCCCCCGGGAGGAGGCCGGUCCGCGGUUGCCACACAGGGAAACAACGGGAGACGCUCCGAUCCGCCCCGACAACCAUGGCUGGAGGUUUAGCCACGGCUUCCACGGUCACCGCGCUCCUAUAUCUGCUGACUGCGGCCUCGGGCCAUUUGCAUCCAGCCUCCCACCAGACUUCGAAGCUUUCUGCCUUCGAAAUUACAAUCCCACGACAGCUGAACGAGAGAGAGAAGCGAGAUGCUGGCCUGGGCCCCUCUUCACAGGGCAAGCUAUCGUAUGUAGUUCGGGUGAAGGGCCAUGACCAUGUCAUCCAUCUGACGAAAAAUGAAGAUUUCAUUGCGAAAGACUUCACCGUGUUUACUUACGGAGAUGAUGGGAAGCUCAUUACAUCUCGUCCAGACGUUCAGAACCACUGCCAUUUCCAAGGAUUUGUGGAAGGGAUGGAAAGUUCCAUGGUUGCUGUUAGCACGUGUGAUGGGCUCAGAGGUCUAUUGCACAUGGACAACGCACAUUACGUCAUUGAACCCUUGGAGACAUCCAGCAGCUUCCAGCACCUGGUGUAUCAGAUGCAGGAUCUAUUGGAGAAGCCUUUGACUUGCGGUGUGUCCAACGAGACUGUCUCCGUGCCCCAGAAUGACCACAGUGGUGCUGAGCAGUAUUCACAUGAUGGUCACACUAUGACCGGCUUCCUGCGUAACAAGCGAGCCAUAUUGCCUCAGACUCGAUAUGUUGAGUUGUUUCUGGUUGGGGACAAGGAGAUGUUUGACAUAACCAGCAACGAGACGGCUGUGAGGGAGCAGAUGGUUCAAAUCGCCAACUACCUCGAUGGAAUGUACAAGUCUUUGAACAUUCGAAUCGUGCUGGUGGGUUUGGAGAUGUGGACACACGGCAAUCAGAUCAGCAUCGAUGGGGGCGCGGGAGAAGUACUGGGCCGGUUCAUGCAGUGGAGAGAGAAGGACUUGCUUCCUCGGCGUAGACACGACAGCGGACAGUUAAUUCUGAAGAAAGGAUUCGGAGGGACGGCAGGAAUGGCCUUUGUCAACACCAUCUGUUCAAGGAGCUACAGUGGAGGAAUCAAUGUGUUUUCCACCAACAUUCAGUACUUUGCAUCCAUCAUGGCUCAUGAGUUGGGUCACAACCUGGGGAUGACUCACGACAAUGGGCGCAACUGUAAAUGUGACACAAAUUCCUGCAUCAUGAAUGCUGGAGCCACAGGCUCCAUGAACUUCAGCAGCUGCAGCGCGGAUGACUUUGAAGCCAUGAUCAUGAACAAGGGGGGCUCGUGUCUGCUGAACAUCCCCAGGCCUGAGGAGGAAUACAGCCCGCCCUUCUGCGGCAACAAGUUGGUGGACACUGGAGAAGAGUGUGACUGUGGCACACCAGAGGAGUGUAGAAACGACCUGUGCUGUGAAGCGUCCACCUGCAAGUUCAAGUACGGGGCGGAGUGCGCGACGGGAGUCUGCUGCAAGCGGUGCAGGUUCCUGGCUGCUGGAACGGUGUGUCGAGCCACCACGAAUGAAUGCGAUCUCCCCGAGUACUGCAACGGGACGAGCCACAACUGCCAGGCUGAUGUCUUCAUCCAGAAUGGCCACCCCUGCCAACGCAACGUCUCCUACUGCUACAACGGAGCCUGUCAGAGCUACGAGAACCAGUGCAUGGCCUUGUUCGGCCGGAGUGCAAAAGCUGCUCCGCGCAAGUGUUUCCAGGAAGUGAACUCUAAAGGUGACCGAUUCGGGAACUGUGGUACUCACGGAGCUGCCUACAAGAAGUGUGCCAUCAGGAACUCCAUGUGUGGGAAGCUGCAGUGUGAGAACGUGGACUCUGUGCUGGUCUUCGGCAUUCGCCCCUCUGUCAUCAACACACCCAUUGACGGCACCAUCUGCUGGGGAGUGGACUUCAGGCUGGGCACGGACGUUCCCGACCCGGGCAUGGUCAGCCCUGGCACCCGGUGUGACGCAGGCAAGGUCUGCAAGGAUUUCACGUGCGUGGACGUCUCCGUCUUGGACUACGAUUGCGACAUAGCGGUGAAAUGCAACGGCCACGGUGUGUGCAACAACAAUAAGAACUGCCACUGUGCGAUAGGCUGGGCGCCCCCCAACUGCGCCAAAACCGGGUACGGUGGAAGCGCCGACAGCGGACCAACCUACGAUGAAAACGACACCUCGCUACGGGAUGGUUUGCUGAUUUUCUUUCUGUUGGUCGCGCCACUCAUUAUCCUGGCAGUAUACGUAUUUGUCAAUAGGAAUGAGCUGAAACGAAGAUUCCAUAGAAGACAAAGCUCGCAACGACACAAACCUGAAAGCUCAGGCAGGGCGAGGCGGUGCUUCGAACAGUUCGGCUAA